AUGGGGAGGCUGAUUGGCUUAGAGGUGAAGAACUUCAAGUCGUACAAGGGUGUGCACAAUGUGGGUUUUGGAGGCAAGAACUUCAUUAGCAUCGUUGGGCCCAAUGGAUCGGGCAAAUCCAACAUGAUGGAUGCGAUAUCCUUUGUUCUGGGGAUCCGCAGCAGCCACCUAAGGUCUAGCGCACUGGUGGACCUAAUCUACAGGGGACGCAUGGAGGAAGGGGGCAGCGCGCACGAGAAUAACCCGAAAUCGGCGUACGUGACGGCGUUCUACGUGAAGCAGGACGCAUCGGGCGCGGAGCGGCGCAUGGAGUUCACGCGUGUAAUCCAUAACACGGGCGACAGCACGUACAAACUGGACGGGAAGACAGUGGGGUACAAGGAGUAUGUGGACGUCCUGGAGGGCGAGCGCAUUUUGGUGAAAGCGCGGAACUUCCUAGUUUUCCAAGGCGACGUUGAACAGAUCGCAUCGCAGUCGGGAGUGGACCUCACCAAGCUGUUCGAGCAGGUGUCCGGUUCUGUGCAGUACCAGCGGGAGUACGAGCGACUGAAGGACGACUACGAAAAGGCCAGCGCGGAAUACAACGAGUCUCUCAAGGCCAGACGUAAAAUGCAGAUCGACCUGAAGAGCUUCAAGGAGGGAGUGCAGAAAGAGGAACAAUACAUAUCGCUGUUAGCGGAGCGCGUAAAACUCCAGCAACAGUUCAUGCUAUGGCAGCUUUUCCAUCUGCAGAGUAAAAGGUCUGGUCUGGUGGCGUCUCUCAAAGACUCGAAGGCGAAGCUUUCGCAGUUAAAACGGCAACUGUCCAAUGAGGAGGCCAUUCUCGGUAAAUCCAAAUCUCUGGUCGCCAAAGAGGAGUUGCUACUUGCUAGGCGACGUGAAACGCUUCUGCAGAAGCAGCAAGAUAAGGCCAGAUUGAAUGCACAGCUGCUUCCAGUAGGAAGUGCGCGCCAGGGCACCACCCGCCGGAUGGUGAACAUUGAGAAGAGGAUAGACUCCUUGCAGCGGGACAUUGAGAGACAAGAAUCCUAUGUCAAACAAUUGAAAAACCAGUUGAAGGUGGUCGGUAAGACAAAGGCUUCAUUCGAGGCAGAACUUGAAAAAUCCGCGUCUGGAAAAUUUACGCUGUCGGAAGAGCAGAAAAAAGAGUAUGAAGAACUGAAAGAGGUCUACCUUUCCUCUGGUGGCUCCGAGUUUGAGGAAAAACUGGCAAUUCUACAAAACAAGAAAGAAGAGCUUUCGGAAGAGAUCGCGGUUUUUGAAAAACGUAUUGGAAUUUCCAAAACAAGGGCCGAGCAUGAUUUAAAGGUGGAUAUUGAGAGACUAGAAGUUGAAGUAUCCGAGAGAACAGGCAACCUGAAUGAUAAAAAUGCUAUUCACUCAGAAAAAGUCCGAGAGUGGAAACAGAUUCAGUCCGAAAUUGAAUCAGCAAAUAACAAAGAGUACGAACUAAGUUAUAAAUUACGGGAAGUUCUCGCUAAAUUGGAUGACUUGAGCGCAAACCAGAGAGAGACAAACAAAGAGCGCAAGUUGCGCGAGAAUGUUGCAACUCUUCGGAGAUUGUUUCCAGGCGUGAGAGGUCUUGUUCAUGAUCUUUGCCGCCCAAAGAAAGAAAAAUAUGCCGUGGGUGUCUCCACGAUCCUCGGCAAAAAUUUUGACUCUGUGAUUGUGGAUUCCCUUUCGGUCGCUCAACAGUGUAUUUCCUACUUAAAGAAACACCGUUCCGGGGUAGCUUCUUUCAUUCCAUUAGACACAAUAGACACCUCAUCGCCUACAUUACCUGCGGGGGAUAAUACCGGCUGCAUUUUGACCCUGGAUGCAAUUGAAUAUGAAAGUUCACUUGAGAAAGCUAUGCAGUAUGUUUGCUCUGACUCUAUUAUUUGUGACUCUCUAGAUAUUGCCAGAAACCUGAAGUGGAAUCGUAACGUAAAAUCCAAGCUCGUUACUCUUGAAGGUGCUUUGAUCCAUAGAGCUGGGUUAAUGACUGGUGGUAUUACUAAAAACAAUACUAACCGGUGGGAUAAAGAAGAAUAUCAAAGUCUCUUAUUGCUCAAGGAUAAGAUAUCCACCGAAUUAUCUGAAUUGACCACCGGUAUCAGGACUGGCUCGAUAAAAUCUAGAGACUAUGAGAAUGAGGUUUCGCUACUAUCGACAGAAAUUUCCUCAUUAAGGUCACAACUGAACCAGUUGAAUAGGUCCAUGAAGGAAGCAUUGACGGAGUUGAACUAUCAUGAUGACUUAAUAGAAAAAGAGUACUCACCAAAAGUUGAUUCCUUGCAUAAAAUGGUGGAAGAAGUGGAUGGCCAAAUGGCAGACAUAGCGAAGGAUAAGGCGAAUCUGCAAGCGUCGGUCUACAAAGAUUUCUCAAAGAAAAUAGGGUUCGAUAUAGGGGAAUAUGAGCAACACACGGGCGGCCGUCUCAGGAAACACUCGCGUGAAUUGCAGCAGCUGCAAAAAGAAGUCAUGAACAUAGAAAAUAAGCUUGAAUUUGAGACUGAAAGGUUAGAAAGCACAAUAAAGCGUCAACAGAAAGCAAGGGAGGACUUGAAGAAGGUUCAAGGCGAACUUGACUCCCUCACUUCCCAGGAAACAGAUAUCCAGUCGAACCUCGAGCAGGUUACCAAUCAAAUCGCAGAAGAGACUAAAGUACUCGAAGAGGCACAAGAAAAACUCAAGAAAAAGGGCAACAAUAUAAAAAUCAUUGAGGAUACGAUAAAUGACCUCCACGAUAGUAUUCAAACUUGCAAGCGAGAGAUAACGGAAUGGAAAGAGGAUAUAGAGAAAGUCGGCAUAGAAAGAGUGAAUAUAUUGAAAAACUGCAAAAUGACCAAUAUUGAAUUACCUCUGGAUAGCUCUGCGCUUGAAGAUCUGGCAAUAGAACGAAUAGACGCUGAGACCAUUGAAGCGGGAAACAACAUUUCCGUCGAUUAUUCUCGGCUAUCUGCCAGGUACAAAGAGAGCAGCAGUCACCAUAUUAGGGAUGAAUUUGAGAGUUCUAUAAAGGCAAUAGACAAUACUUUGACAGAAUUGCAACCUAAUUCCAAAGCAGUUGAGCGUUUCGAUGAAGCUAGAGACCAAUUCAACGCUGUUUCUGGGGAGAGUGACAAGUUGAAAGAAAGCGAAAGGAAAGCGAAAGAGCUGUACCUAAAGAUCAAGGAGAAGCGGAUAAAUACGUUCCUGGCAUGCUUUAACCACGUGAGGGAUAACAUUGACAGGAUCUACAGGGAGCUGACCAGGAACCCCGGAUCGACCGCGGAGCUGGCAGGUGGUAGCGCAUCGUUGACGCUGGAAGAUGAGGAUGAGCCGUACCUGGGAGGCAUUAGGUACCAUGCAACUCCGCCAAUGAAACGUUUCAAGGACAUGGACUACCUGUCCGGCGGUGAGAAAACCAUGGCGGCCCUUGCCCUCUUGUUUGCGAUCAACUCUUACCAGCCCAGCCCCUUUUUUAUUCUAGAUGAAGUAGAUGCUGCACUCGAUGUCACCAAUGUCGAACGCAUUGCCGCCUAUAUCCGCCGCCACGCUAGUCCGAAAAUGCAGUUUAUCGUCAUCUCCCUGAAAAGUAACCUUUUCAGCAAGUCCGAGUCCAUGGCUGGUGUUUUUCGUAAUCAGCACGAGAACUCCUCGAUGGUUAUCACUACCGACCUCACCCAAUACGCAGACGACAUGUGA